AUGCAACUCCGCCUCUGGAAGUGGGCGUGGCUGCCUCUGGUACUGCUAAUUGCUGCGAAAAUGGACCGAGUUGGCGGUAGGAAUUACCUGGACUUAGCUCGCACCGAUAAUCGACUAACGAGAUUACCAUUUUUUGGCGGCGGUGUGGGUCACCUGCUGAGGUACCUCCACCCGUUGGCCAUGAGUCCCACACCCGAACGUGGUCGAAUCUCGGAGCUUCGCAGCGAUUUGGAUGCCAACUAUGUGAGCUAUCGCGGUGCGCAACUGUGGAAGCUCAACUUUAAUGCCACCUGGGGCUCAUCCAUGGAGGAGGAGGAGGAGGAGACGGAGGAGGGGGCUGGGGAGGAGCGCCAGAUGGUGGCCUCACCGGAUGCCCAAUUCAACGAGGUGGUCGCCCUAUUCGCGCUCGCGUUUGUGGCCCUGAUCGGAGCAGUUUUUGGCCAAAAGCUGCUGCUUUGGAGGAGCGUCUCUGUCCCGGAAAUCUCCGGAAUCUCCGGUCUGCCCCUCGCCCUGUUGACCCUCAACAGCAGCGAACUCUACGAGUCCACUUUCGAGGGUCUGCAGUGGCUAUCGCCCUUGGAUCUGCGCCGAUUCGACUUCCUUUCGCCGGGCUCCUCGUACCAAAUCAACAGACGCUACCGAAAUGGCAGCCAUGUGCAGCGAUACUACGGUUUCCAGCUAUGGAAGAUCCACGAAACCCGGCUGGAAAUGCCCGAACUCAGAGCCUUUUGGCGGCACUUUGGCAGUGAAGUGUGGAAUAUCAACCAGGAUGGCAUCGACAUUCUCAUCGAACAGCGCAAUGUGGCCGAUGCCCGGAAAUUCAUGGAGAAGGUCGGCUUUAGCUACAACGUUAUGAUCGACGACAUCGAAUCGGCCAUCGAUGAGACCUACGUGGAAGUUCCGGCCGUGGAGCAUCCCUUGGAUUCCGUGCGUAAUAAUUCGCUGCCGUGGAUGGAAAGACCGGGAUCCCUGAUGAGCUGGCGACGUUACCACGAUCAGGCGGAUAUCCGGCAGUUCCUGCAAACGCUGCUCGAGACGUACUCCGAAAAUGUGGAAAUAGUCCAGAUCGGCGUAACGCGCAACAAGAGACCACUGGAGGUCAUCAGAGUCUCCAAUGGCAAUCCGGAUAACUGGGCUAUUUUUGUGGAUGCGGGACUGCAGGCCAGAGAUUGGUUGAGCCCCGCCGCCCUCACCUACGCCAUUUCGAAGCUGACCCAUCUGUGGGGCAGGAGCGGGGUCAAGGGUCAAGGUCAGAGGCAGUCCAGGGCGGAGAAGGCGAUGCGGCGCAUCGAUUGGUACUUCCUGCCACUGGCAAAUCCCGAUGGUUACCAGUACUCGCGCCACACCGAUCGCCUGUGGACGAAAAACCGGGCCUUCGACACCGCCAGCGGGUGUUACGGUGUUAAUCUGGACCGGAACUUCGAGUACGGCUGGGACGGCACCGGAUCGACGAGUAAUCCCUGCAAGAAUCUCUAUCGCGGCGCCGAAAGCUUCUCCGAACCGGAAAGCCGAGCCCUGCGAAGCUUCCUCUCCGGCAUGCGGGAGUACUUGGGUGCCUACGUGUCCCUGGGCGGCUAUGGUCAGGCCAUUACCUAUCCCUGGGGCGAUGCGGACUAUGUGACGGAGAAUCAGAGGGAUCUCAAGCAGACGGCAAGGAGGGCAGUUCUCGCACUGAGGCGUUUAAACCAGGCGGAAUACUCGUCGGGAAGCAGUUAUCGCCAGAAAUUGGCGCGGCCUGGAAACUCUGCCGAUUGGGUCCAGGAUCGCAUCGAACCGCAACUGGUUUUCAAUAUGUUCCUCAAGGAUCAGGGACGCUACGGUUAUCUGAUGCCACCGCACUAUAUCGUGGAGUCCGGCGAGGAAGUCUUCGAAUUCCUGCGCACCAUCGCCCAGCAAUUGCAUUAAAUGCAAAAAUUCUCAACUUCC